GUUCGGCGCUGGCGCCGCCCUCAGUCCCCAGGCGCUAGCUGACUGGGGUGGUUGGGACCGUUAGCUCGGCAGGCUGGCAGGCUCCGGGGCGCUACUCCAUUGGCGGCCGGGAUGGAGACGAUGCGAGCGCAGCGGCUGCAGCCUGGUGUGGGCACCAGCGGGAGGGGCACUCUCCGAGCACUGCGGCCCGGAGUGACUGGGGCUGCGGCUGCAGCCGCCACACCCCCUGCGGGCCCCCCGCCUGCCCCGCCGCCUCCCGCACCGCCCCCGCCGCCGCUGCUCAUGUCUGGGGCCCCAGGACUGCCCCUGCCCCCCGGCGCCGCCGGCAGCCCGGCAGUGCUGCGAGAGGCCGUGGAGGCCGUAGUGAGGAGCUUCGCCAAGCACACGCAGGGCUAUGGCCGAGUGAAUGUGGUGGAGGCACUUCAGGAAUUCUGGCAGAUGAAGCAGUCCCGUGGUGCUGACUUAAAGAAUGGGGCUCUAGUGGUUUAUGAGAUGGUUCCCUCCAACAGCCCUCCUUAUGUCUGCUAUGUCACGCUGCCUGGGGGAAGUUGCUUUGGGAGUUUCCAGUUUUGCCCCACAAAAGCUGAGGCCCGGAGGAGUGCUGCAAAGAUUGCGCUAAUGAAUUCUGUGUUUAAUGAACAUCCUUCCCGAAGAAUCACUGAUGAGUUCAUCGAGAAGAGUGUCUCUGAGGCCCUGGCAUCUUUCAAUGGCAACAGGGAGGAAGCUGACAACCCAAAUACAGGGAUUGGUGCCUUCCGAUUCAUGCUGGAAUCCAACAAGGGCAAAUCAAUGUUGGAGUUCCAGGAGCUAAUGACAGUUUUUCAACUGCUACACUGGAAUGGCAGCCUUAAGGCCAUGAGGGAACGACAAUGCUCUCGGCAGGAGGUGUUGGCUCAUUACUCGCACCGGGCUCUGGAUGAUGAUAUUCGCCACCAAAUGGCCUUGGACUGGGUGAGCCGGGAGCAGAGUGUGCCAGGGGCACUGUCUAGAGAGCUGGCCUCUACUGAGCGGGAGCUGGAUGAAGCCCGACUGGCAGGCAAGGAGCUGCGCUUCCACAAGGAGAAGAAAGAUAUUCUCGUGCUGGCUGCUGGGCAGUUGGGCAAUAUGCAUUCUUCCAACUGCUAGGCAUCCACCCACAUACUCCCCAGCCUUUCCACAGCCUUUUUUGUAUGUCUCCUUUCUAAGAUUUAGAAUGAUUUUUUGUACAUACUUUCUCAAUUUUAUACUUAAAAAAAUAUAUAUAUAUAUGUGUAUAGAUUCUACACCUAGAUUCCUAUUUGCUAAGAGAUCCCUUUUCUUACUUCCAGUUUUUGGAUGUAGUUUUAUUUGAAACAUCUUCAGUCCACUUUACAAGAAAGAGCACGUUGUCUUUGAAGCUUUGUUAGCUCUUAAACUUUCAGAUUAACUGUGUAGUCAUUUCAGUAGCACUAAAAGAUUAACUC